ACUGGGCCAUCGGUGUGAAUCAUUUGCGGUGCAGCACUUGGCGUGGUAGGACGAUCCAAACAGAAGUACUGCAUCCAUCUGGAUGCCAUGAAAUCGAAGAAAUCGGCCUUUGCCAAUACGUCCACUGGAUACGGCAGGCACAAGCACAGCGGACACGGCGGACACGGUCACGGAAAGGGACACGCCCAUGGUCAGGGUGGAACCUCCUUCAAAGACAAAGCCGAGGGUUCAGGCAAGGAAAAGUCCCCGAAUCAUCAUGAGCAGAAGGAGGAGGAUAAGGAUUUAAAUUCCGGUUUCGGCGACUAUCUUCGCACACCGGAGGCAUUUGAGAUGAUGAAACUGUUUGUCUUUGCAAAUACAAUAAUGUUAAUUGUCACCAUGGCCUGGCCUCAUAUUAAGGAGCAAUUCUACAUGGUUAAUCAGUGGCUGGAGACCUUCCGCGAAGAUCACAAACAGUGAAGAAUCUAUCAAAAAGUC